AUCACAAGUCAGAGCCACUUUCGCAAGCCCCCUUCCGACCUUGCCCCUGCGGUCUCCCGAGUCCCGAAGCAUCCCCUUCCAAAACCCUCGCCGCGCCGCAGCCACCCUUGCUUCCGCACGCUAUCGCCCGGGACCAGCCAUCUAUGGCGGCGUCCCUGCUCCUCCGCGCCGUGCGCCGAAGGGAGCUUGCGUCCCCUCUCGGAUCCGGCCUAAGUCAAAUGUACUUGUUUCAGCUGGGUGCCAGCAUACAGUCAACAUGUGUUGCCAACGUUUGCUCAAAAUGGGGAAGUUUUGCAAGACCUUUCAGUGCAAAAGCUGCUGGAAAUGAGGUUAUUGGGAUUGAUUUGGGGACAACUAACUCAUGUGUUUCGGUUAUGGAGGGAAAGAACCCAAAAGUUAUUGAGAAUGCUGAAGGUGCGAGAACAACACCAUCUGUUGUCGCAUUUACUCAGAAGGGUGAAAGACUUGUUGGAACUCCAGCCAAGCGCCAGGCAGUAACCAACCCCCAGAAUACUUUCUUUGGAACAAAGAGGUUAAUUGGGCGACGCUUCGAUGAUCCACAGACACAGAAAGAGAUGAAGAUGGUGCCAUACACAAUCGUGAAGGCUCCAAAUGGUGAUGCUUGGGUUCAAACAACAGAUGGCAAGCAGUACUCACCAAGUCAGGUCGGUGCAUUUGUGCUGACCAAGAUGAAGGAGACAGCUGAAUCUUACCUUGGCAAGUCUAUCUCAAAGGCAGUGAUUACUGUUCCAGCUUAUUUCAAUGAUGCUCAGCGUCAGGCCACAAAGGAUGCAGGCCGCAUUGCUGGCCUUGAUGUUGAAAGGAUCAUCAAUGAACCUACAGCAGCCGCUCUGUCUUAUGGAAUGAACAACAAGGAAGGCUUGAUAGCGGUAUUUGAUCUUGGAGGAGGAACUUUUGAUAUCUCUAUUCUGGAGAUCUCAAAUGGAGUUUUUGAGGUCAAAGCAACAAAUGGUGAUACUUUCUUGGGUGGUGAAGAUUUUGAUAAUACACUAUUGGAGUUCUUGGUGAGUGAUUUCAAGAGAACUGAGGGCAUAGAUCUGUCGAAAGAUAGAUUGGCCCUGCAAAGGCUUCGUGAAGCUGCUGAGAAGGCAAAGGUUGAACUUUCGUCGACUUCUCAGACAGAAAUCAAUCUGCCAUUCAUAACAGCUGAUGCUUCAGGGGCAAAACAUUUGAACAUCACACUGACAAGGUCAAAAUUUGAAUCUCUUGUACACAAUCUGAUUGAGAGAACUAGAGAUCCAUGCAAGAACUGUUUGAAGGAUGCCGGAAUAUCUACUAAAGAGGUGGAUGAAGUACUUCUUGUUGGUGGAAUGACUAGGGUUCCAAAGGUGCAGGAGGUAGUCUCUGAAAUCUUUGGGAAGAACCCAAGCAAAGGAGUCAAUCCAGAUGAAGCUGUGGCCAUGGGUGCUGCACUUCAGGGUGGCAUUCUCCGUGGAGAUGUUAAGGAGCUUCUUCUUCUUGAUGUUACUCCCCUGUCACUAGGUAUUGAGACGCUCGGUGGUAUCUUCACCAGAUUGAUCAACAGAAACACUACAAUCCCCACAAAGAAAAGUCAGGUGUUCUCAACUGCUGCUGACAACCAGACCCAGGUAGGUAUCCGGGUGUUGCAAGGUGAGCGUGAAAUGGCUACAGACAACAAGCUCCUUGGUGAAUUUGACCUCGUGGGCAUUCCACCUGCCCCAAGAGGCUUGCCUCAGAUUGAGGUUACAUUCGACAUCGAUGCCAAUGGAAUCGUGACUGUCUCAGCCAAAGAUAAGGCUACCGGGAAGGAGCAGAACAUCACCAUACGAUCCUCGGGUGGGCUGUCGGAGGCUGACAUCCAGAAGAUGGUGCAAGAAGCUGAGCUGCAUGCCCAGAAGGACCAGGAGCGGAAAGCCCUCAUUGACAUCAGGAACAAUGCCGACACCACCAUCUACAGCAUCGAGAAGAGUCUUGGAGAGUACAGGGACAAGAUCCCGGCAGAGGUUGCAUCUGAGAUCGAGGCUGCCAUCGCUGACCUCCGCCAGGAGAUGGCCUCGGAUGACAUCGAGAAGAUCAAGGCCAAGCUUGAGGCUGCCAACAAGGCUGUCUCGAAGAUUGGACAGCACAUGUCUGGUGGUGGCUCUGGCGGCUCGCAGUCAGGAUCUGGACCUCAGGGUGGCGGCGACCAGGCGCCGGAGGCAGAGUAUGAGGAGGUUAAGAAGUGAGGCUGCGGGAGUUCAAGGGAAUUGUAGCGGCUUGUUUAGAAGUAGCUCGUUUUUUUUGGGAACGCAGAUAGUCAGAUGUCUCAGAUGAGGUGUAACCUGUGUUGCAAUAAUCUAUGAACUUACCCCUCUUGUUUUCUCCUGCAGUGAAACAGGUCACACGACAUUGUCAUGGCUUUUAUUGCAUAUGAAGCCUUGUUCUGCCCGAUGUACUCGCACAGCGAAAACCAUCGGCGAGUUCUGUUAAUGAGUUGAAGUAUAUUUGUUCCUGUGUUUUGACUAUUGGUGAUAUUAAGGGUGGCAACAACUGUGACUUUGGCAA